AAAGCCACAAGCUUCAACCAUCCACCAUGUCUGUCACCAGGGGCAGAGGUCCAGUCAUGACCAGGAGUGGAAAACACAACAUCCACAGAUUAAAGAGGGAAAAAAGGACCCAGAACUAGUUCAAGAAUGGGAAGAUCCAGAAACUAAAUGGAUUAAGGAAGAGAAAGAAUCAGAAUCUCUGUGGAUCCACAGAAUAAAUGAGGAAGUAGAUAUUUCAGUGCUUAAACAUGAACAGAAUAUUUACCAGGUAGACAGGGCCAGAAGCAGCUCUACGAACCUCUGCAGCAGUCAGGAGGGAGAGCUGCUUGUCCAGAAGCAGGAUGUGAUGGAAACAUCCACUCUUCAGGAAGGUGAUUUCAGUGAACAAGAAAAAAGAACUGAGCAGCUUCCCUUUCAAAUUUCUCCUGGAGUUGAAAGCAAUGAUCAGGAAGGAAGCAGCUCCUCUGUGUCAGAGAGUCGCUCUCCUACUAACAAAAAGCAAAGGUCUUUCACAUGUGAUCUUUGUGGGAGAAGUCUCACAAGUCAGUGCAGCUUGGAAAGGCAUUACAGAGCCCAUAAAGGUGAGAAGCCUUUUUCUUGUCAAACAUGUGGAAAAAGUUUCAGUCAAAUGUAUAGCUUAAAUGAGCACAAGAGAAGCCACACAGGUGAAAGGCCUUUUUCUUGUCAAAAAUGUGGAAAAACUUUUGCUCGAAUGGAAUGUUUAAACGUUCAUAAGAGAAUUCAUACCGGUGAGAGGCGCUUUUCAUGCGAUACGUGUGGGAAAACUUUCUCUCACAGUUUUUAUUUUAAGCUGCACAAGAAACUUCAUACAGGUGUGAAGCCUUUUUCAUGUGAUACAUGUGGAAAAUGUUUUACAAUUGGUGCAAAUUUGAAUGUUCACAAAAGAAUCCACACAGGUGAGAAGCCUUUUUCAUGUCAAAAAUGUGGAAAGCGCUUCUCUCGAAUUGAUCAUUUACAUAAACACCGGAGGAUCCACACAGGUGAGAAACCUUUUCCAUGUCUAACAUGUGGAAAGAGCUUCUCUCGACCUCAUCAUUUAAACACACACAUGAAAAUACACACAAGUAAGAGGGAUUUUCCAUGUGAAAUUUGCGGAAAGAGCUUCAUGUAUGCUAGUAAACUGGAUUACCACAAGAAACAAAAACACAAAAGUGAGAAGUAGUAAUUUGUCUCACACAGAUUGACUAUCAUACAUAUUAAAGCUUUUCUUUGCUUUUUUUCUUUGUAAAAUAUAUCAGAAAAGGAAAAGGCACAAAUUCUGUUUAAACAGGAGUUAGGAGUGAGGCUGGGAUAUUUGGUUUAUGACGCCUUUUGGACCAGGACUUAGGAAAACUCUCCGAGUCUGUGAACAUCAGCAGUAUGGACCUAAUGGACAAAUGUCUUUUUCACACCACUGUCAACCCCUGACUCGUUGGGAGACGCCUAUUAAUGUACGGUUUCUGUAGCGCAUAUCAAGAAAAUAUUCAAAA